AUGACCGAGUCACCCAGAUCCGAAAAGGACUUGUGCCUUACAAGGUUCAGCACACCGGUCCCCGAAUUGGACGAUCAUCGGUUCCAGUUGGAUGCUGCGCCGCACGCCGAACCCGGCCUGGACCAUGCGUUGAGCAGACAAAAUACCGCCCAGGGAGUUGGCCCCGAGGCAACUCCCCAGCGUCCGGAUCUACUGCAUAUUCAAGACGCGUUCCGCGAGCGAGGAUCUAUUUCCCGGGAUUUCGAGCAAGCAAUCGUGGACGACGACCGGUCAAUCAAAGAUGGUCUUGGGCGGCGCUUUUCCGUUGACCCAGCGGGGAACCUCCGUCCCGGACGUGCUUGGAGCCGCACACAACAGGACAUUGCGAACAUGUCGCGAGAAUCAUCCGUUUCUGCACGGUCAACUUCCCCUCCUAAUUCCGUUGAAGCGUUCGCCGACCCGCGACGCCGCGAGCGUGCGAACACUCUAGAGAGCCAUGUGGCUCCGGACCUGGAGGCUAUUCUCCAGCGCACUGUGUCUGGCGGCACUCACCCCCGUCGUCCGACGUUCAGUAAUGCGAGUGCUGUCCGACCCCAACCAGGCGAUAUCCAGCUGGAUCCCACUGAGGACACGUGCGUUCCCGUUCCGACCUAUGAACAACCCGGACGGAUUCCUGUCAUUGAUUACGAGGAAUUGGAGGAAUUCGUGGCUUUGAACAAGAAGACCAAGCCUGCGCAAACCAGGCGCAAGCACAGCCUGAGUUCCCAGAGCAAGAAGCCGCGUGUCUUCCAUGACUUGCGCCCCGGCGCCAAACAGGAUGAGAGCAAGCCCUCUUUGAGCAUUGGCCGUUCUUCGUUCGAACUCGAUGCCAAAGAUGCCGAGAAGGUUACUGGGAAGCCCGUGAAUGAAAACGAAUUAGUCGAGAAGCUUCAAAAUGCAAACGAGCCCAGUCGUUUCGGCUUUUUCUCGUCUGAGUCCCAGAGUACUGUCCACGCCGCGGAGCUGGGGGACCUCGUUCUUCCGGGUGACACUUUCCGUGAUCUCUUCCAACUAGGCCCCGAGGGUGGUGUGUGGUGGCUAGAUGUUGUCAAUCCUACCGAAUCUGAAGUCCAUGCUCUCUCCCGUGCAUUCUCCAUCCAUCCGCUGACAACAGAGGACAUUUUGACUCAGGAAGCCCGUGAGAAGGUUGAGCUUUUUAAGCAGUACUAUUUCGUGUGUUUCCGGACAUUUUAUCAGAUGGACAAAACGGACGACCAAUUCAUGGAGCCCGUCAACUUCUACAUGGUGGUGUUUCGUGACGGCGUUAUCUCCUUCUCUUUCACCGAAAACCCUCACUCUGCCAAUGUCCGAAAGCGUAUCGGGAGGCUUCGUGACUACGUGUCCCUCAGUAGCGACUGGAUUUGCUAUGCCAUGAUCUUUGGCCCUGUAAUUCGGGAGAUUGAGGUCGAGUCCGAGGCAAUUGAAGAUCUCGUGUUCAUUGCGCGAGUCGAUGAUUUCGAGUCCUUCUUGCCUCGCAUCGGUGGACUGCGGAAGAAGGUUAUGAGCUUGAUGCGCCUCCUGGGAGGUAAGGCCGAUGUCAUUCGAGGAUUUUCUAAGCGCUGCAAUGAGCAGUAUUCGGUAACUCCGCGUGGAGACAUUGGUCUCUACCUGGGUGACAUUCAGGACCACGUCGUGACCAUGAUGUCCAACUUGGCCCAUUUUGAAAAGAUGCUCAGCCGUUCGCACACCAAUUACCUCGCGCAACUCAACGUCACCAACCUGGUUUUAGGCAACCAUGUCAACAAAGUCCUCAGCAAGGUCACCCUCAUCGCGACCAUGCUUGUCCCGAUGAACCUGAUCUGCGGUCUGUUUGGUAUGAAUGUUGAGGUGCCAGGGCAGCAUGCUGAAGGACUUGGAUGGUUCUUUGGCAUUGUGGGAGUCAUUGCAAGUGUGAUCAUCCUCAGCGGCUUCGCGCAGAUUCAGCUCGCGCUUGGGUCGCAUAAUGGUCUGGAGAUCCGCGGGGAUAAGGAUACAGAGGCGUUGGGGUUAGAUGUUGUUCGGAGAGCGCCUGCGGGGGAUUCAUAUUCUCUCGCGAAUAAUGAGUUCAAGUCGAAUGAUAUCAAAAUGGGGGCGACGCAGUGGUAUUACUUCGAGGCGGAAAAAUAUCGCGGCGAAUCGAAUGGCACUACGACUUUGUCUAGUCUACCGGCGAAUGUUACGGGGAGUGACAAUCGGAUUAAGCAAGAACCUAUCAGCGAAGGAGGCGAUAAUGCGGUUUAUAUCUCUUUGACUACUUGCCAGAAACCGGAUCUCAAUACGAUAAUUACAGGUGAAGCCCCCGAACUGCCACAGUUGAGCAUCCAUGUUUCUCGCUCGACAGAGAAGCCAGCGCCCGGCAACGACGAUGAUCAUAAAACAUCCGUGGAUGGCUAUUUGAACAUGACAUGGAAUAACGACGAGACCGUUUAUAUUGGGGUAUCUGCACCGGAUUCGAAGGAUUAUUCAGGGUCCUACUCGUAUCAAAUCGCAGCGUCUACGGAUACAUUCUUCCAUCGUGUUAGCCUUGAGCCGAACCUGUUCUUUGUCGAUACAGAUGUGAACUCGGCGCUUUUUACAACAGGCAACCUAUCACUCUCCAACAGAACCCAAGAGAAUUAUGAUGAAUGGAUGAACUUGAAGAAACCACCGUAUACGAUAUUUGUCAACAACCUUAACGAUACAGCCAUCACGGGCCUGGAGCAAUCUUAUUGCGCCCUUCAGAAGAACGCGCAGAUUAAGGGAAAUAAUGUUGAGACGAACAUGACGGAUAUAGGCCCCGGGAACCAUCCCAAGGAGCUGCUCUACGCCAAGGGUCUAAACCAGAGCUCUACCUAUUUGGCAAUACUAGCAAUGGAUGGAAACUCGACUGAUUCUGGUAAUAGAAUUCUGGGGGGUGGUGGAAAGGUUUGGCAACCAAAACAGUUUACAACCAAAGCUGACGGUAAUUGUGCUAUCAUAUUCGGUCUGUCCUUUUGUUCCGAAGUCGCAUAUGCCGUGCCGUCCAAUCCGUCCAUGAAGAAAGCAGAUCUACAGAAAACAUACGAUGAUCACGCCUCUUCGUUAUGGAAAAACUUUACUUACUCGCUGCAGCAGGUCCCAUGCAAUGCAUCCCCUUACAACAGGUACUCCCUGGCCGUUAAUUGCAGCAACUGUUCUCAAGCGUACAAGGACUGGCUAUGCUCAGUAACCAUCCCCCGCUGCGAGGACUAUUCUAGCAGCGACCCUUUCCUGCGAGUUCGGAACGCCGGGCAAGACUUCAUCAACGGCACUUCACUCGACCCGGAACAUGCAGACCGCAAGUCCUAUCUAUCGAAUCAAUCACGUAACUCGAUUAUCGAUGAGCAAAUCAAACCGGGGCCAUACAAGGAAAUCCUCCCGUGUCAAGAUGUUUGCCAUAAUUUGGUGCGGAGUUGCCCGGCAUCUCUCGAGUUCAGUUGCCCGCAGGGUCGGCAACUCGACGCUUCCUACGGCCGAAGGAGUAGCAAUACUGUGGCGUGCAAUUACAUGGGAGCUGCAUAUUACAUGAGUAGUGCGAUGAGUAUGCAUGAGCGGUUAUGGGUUGUCUUGUACGCGUUGGGGGUGUUUUGGGUUUUGUCGUGGAUCCAACUAUAG